ACGUAUCCGUGCUCUAAUUUUAUUCCACUUCUGCUAAAACAUUUGGACUAUAAAUGUCUGGUUGGUCUUGGCUGUUUGUUUGCAACACUUGUGCUAAAACGUUUUAUCCUGAGUUUCUUUCACCAUCCAGCUUCAUUUGUGAAAAAUCGUCAAUCCCUCUCAAACUCUUCUCACCACUAAUUUCUUCCUCUGGAACAUUCUCUUCUCUAUUAUUUUGAUUCCCUUGGCCUCAACACUGGUUUCUCAAUUGCAUGAUCUUGGCUCGUCUUCAGGGGGAACGAAGACAAUUUAGCUGGGUAAUUCUGGGUUUUGCGGAAUUUUGGUUGAUUUUUGCGUCAGAAUCAGAAUUUGAAGCUAAAAAGAGUUCUGCUUUGAUUAUCCAAUUGCCAUGAUCUUUCACAGUAACCAAAAUGGAUUUAUGAAGAAUAUCAAAUUCAGCUAAUUUUGCUCUGUGCCUAUGCAGUUACUUUGAUUCACUGAGAAAAAUGGCGACUGGAGUAUUGCCAGCUCCGGUUUCUGGGAUCAAGAUACCGGAUUCGAAAGUCGGGUUUGGUAAAAGCAUGAAUCUUGUGAGAAUUUGUGAUGUUAGGAGUCUAAGAUCUGCUAGGAGAAGAGUUUCGGUUAUCCGGAAUUCAAACCAAGGCUCUGAUUUAGCUGAGCUUCAACCUGCAUCCGAAGGAAGCCCUCUCUUAGUGCCAAGACAGAAAUAUUGUGAAUCAUUGCAUAAGACGGUGAGAAGGAAGACUCGUACUGUUAUGGUUGGAAAUGUCGCCCUUGGAAGCGAACAUCCGAUAAGGAUUCAAACGAUGACUACUUCGGAUACAAAAGAUAUUACUGGAACUGUUGAUGAGGUUAUGAGAAUAGCGGAUAAAGGAGCUGAUAUUGUAAGGAUAACUGUUCAAGGGAAGAAAGAGGCGGAUGCGUGCUUUGAAAUAAAAGAUAAACUCGUUCAGCUUAAUUACAAUAUACCGCUGGUUGCAGAUAUUCAUUUUGCCCCUACUGUAGCCUUACGAGUCGCUGAAUGCUUUGACAAGAUCCGUGUCAACCCAGGAAAUUUUGCGGACAGGCGGGCCCAGUUUGAGACGAUAGAUUAUACAGAAGAUGAAUAUCAGAAAGAACUCCAGCAUAUCGAGCAGGUCUUCACUCCUUUGGUUGAGAAAUGCAAAAAGUACGGGAGAGCAAUGCGUAUUGGGACAAAUCAUGGAAGUCUUUCUGACCGUAUCAUGAGCUAUUACGGGGAUUCUCCCCGAGGAAUGGUUGAAUCUGCGUUUGAGUUUGCAAGAAUAUGUCGGAAAUUAGACUAUCACAACUUUGUUUUCUCAAUGAAAGCGAGCAACCCAGUGAUCAUGGUCCAGGCGUACCGUUUACUUGUGGCUGAGAUGUAUGUUCAUGGAUGGGAUUAUCCUUUGCAUUUGGGAGUUACUGAGGCAGGAGAAGGCGAAGAUGGACGGAUGAAAUCUGCGAUUGGAAUUGGGACGCUUCUUCAGGACGGGCUCGGUGACACAAUAAGAGUUUCACUGACGGAGCCACCAGAAGAGGAGAUAGAUCCCUGCAGGCGAUUGGCUAACCUCGGGACAAAAGCUGCCAAACUUCAACAAGGCGUUGCACCGUUUGAAGAAAAGCAUAGGCAUUACUUUGAUUUUCAGCGUCGGACGGGUGAUCUACCUGUACAAAAAGAGGGAGAAGAGGUUGAUUACAGAAAUGUCCUUCACCGUGAUGGUUCUGUUCUGAUGUCGAUUUCUCUGGAUCAACUAAAGGCACCUGAACUCCUCUACAGAUCACUCGCUACAAAGCUUGUCGUGGGUAUGCCAUUCAAGGAUCUGGCAACUGUUGAUUCAAUCUUAUUAAGAGAGCUACCGCCUGUAGAUGAUCAAGUGGCUCGUUUGGCUCUAAAACGGUUGAUUGAUGUCAGUAUGGGAGUUAUAGCACCUUUAUCAGAGCAACUAACAAAGCCAUUGCCCAAUGCCAUGGUUCUUGUCAACCUCAAGGAACUAUCUGGUGGCGCUUACAAGCUUCUCCCUGAAGGUACACGCUUGGUUGUCUCUCUACGAGGCGAUGAGCCUUACGAGGAGCUUGAAAUACUCAAAAACAUUGAUGCUACUAUGAUUCUCCAUGAUGUACCUUUCACUGAAGACAAAGUUAGCAGAGUACAUGCAGCUCGGAGGCUAUUCGAGUUCUUAUCCGAGAAUUCAGUUAACUUUCCUGUUAUUCAUCACAUAAACUUCCCAACCGGAAUCCACAGAGACGAAUUGGUGAUUCAUGCAGGGACAUAUGCUGGAGGCCUUCUUGUGGAUGGACUAGGUGAUGGCGUAAUGCUCGAAGCACCUGACCAAGAUUUUGAUUUUCUUAGGAAUACUUCCUUCAACUUAUUACAAGGAUGCAGAAUGCGUAACACUAAGACGGAAUAUGUAUCGUGCCCGUCUUGUGGAAGAACGCUUUUCGACUUGCAAGAAAUCAGCGCCGAGAUCCGAGAAAAGACUUCCCAUUUACCUGGCGUUUCGGUUAAAACUCAAGACUUUCAUACAUGUUUUUCAAGAAAAAGUUUUCUUCUGUUUUUGAAUGUAAACAAAUUGAAUAAUGGCGCAGAUCGCAAUCAUGGGAUGCAUUGUGAAUGGACCAGGAGAAAUGGCAGAUGCUGAUUUCGGAUAUGUAGGUGGUUCUCCCGGAAAAAUCGACCUUUAUGUCGGAAAGACGGUGGUGAAGCGUGGGAUAGCUAUGACGGAGGCAACAGAUGCUCUGAUCGGUCUGAUCAAAGAACAUGGUCGUUGGGUCGACCCGCCCGUGGCUGAUGAGUAGAUUUCAAAACGGAGAAAGAUGGGUGGGCCAUUCUUUGAAAACUGUGAGAGAAGAUAUAUAUAUUUGUGUGUGUAUAUCAUCUGUUUGUUGUGUAUUGCAUCAUCAUUUUGAACAAAUGUCCAAAUCUCUUAAGUUGAUAAAAGUUCUUAGGCCAAAUAAAAUUUAAUAUGAAACUUGAACAAGAAAUUUGACAUUAAUUAAUCAACUUAUG